GAGAUAUUGGAGCACUGCUAUCAUGUCACCCUAGUCCUUCUUUUCAUUAAAGACUGAGACCUGCUUCCUCUUCCUCCUCCUGAAAUUUCGCAACUACAAUAUCUCAUGCCGUGAUUGGAGAUGCCGCGCUACAAAAGGACGCUUUAUGACGACCGAGGGAUCCCCGUCGUCGCUAAGUGAUUCAUUGGGGCGUCACCAGCUUUCCUUCCAGAAGACGGAACCGACCUCCUCCAGGAGCAUUAACACGCCCAGACGCCGCGGUCUCUCAGCUGUAGUGGCAACGGUUGCCUUGUAAUGGCGGCGGCGGCGGCAGUUACCAGCCUCUUCUCGCUGCUGGACCUGAUCCGAUAGCUUGAAAGCCCCGCCCAGCGCAAAAGGGGAGAUUCGCAUUCGCCUGUUUGGACUUGGCGGGCUUUCUGUGGUCUCCAUGGAGGCCGACGCGCCAGUUCGAGUCAUUUCAAGGGAGAAAAUGAUUAUAGACUUAUGGAGAUAUUUCUAUACAAAUAUCUUUCGAUUUUGGCUAAAGUGGAUCUUAAGACUGGUAACUGGAAAAUGUGAAUUGCAGCGUAUUUGCAACGGCACAAGGAAAAAUGCAAAAAGAACACUACGAAUAGAGUAUUCACUGGAAUCAUCAAAGCAUAAGUCCUUGCAAAAUGCUUUGAACACUACUGAAGAUGAAGUGGAAAAAUGUGUUGCGUGCAUAAUAGAAGAAAAGAAGAUUAAAGUACAGAAAGAUGUAGGGUUUGCUUCAAAGCUACAAUCAUCUUUACUCCAAAUAUCAGGCUACAAGAAACUCUGUUUGGCAGUGGAAGAUCUCAAAAAACAAGUAUAUAAUUCAGACAAUAAAGAACAUGAAGAGCAAUUAAUGGAGCUCUGGAAUUUGUUAAUGCCCCAUGAAAAACUGAAGGCCAGAAUCACAAAGCAGUGGUGUGAUAUUGGUUUCCAAGGUGAUGACCCUAAAACAGACUUCAGAGGAAUGGGAAUGCUGGGAUUAACUAAUCUUCUAUAUUUUAGUAAACAUUAUCCUCAUGAAGCUCGUCAAAUCCUUGUUCGUUCAAAUCAUCCAAAACUUGGAUACUCUUAUGCAAUCGUUGGAAUAAAUUUGACAGAGAUGGCUUACAGUCUGUUAACUAAAGGACUUUUAAAGAGCCACUUUUACAACUUGGUUCCUGGUGCUCCUCAGCUGAACGAUUUCCAUCAGUUUUACUGUUAUUUGACGUACGAAUUUGACAAUUUUUGGUUUGAAGAGAAACCGGAGAGUAUUAUGUACUUCAACCAGUAUAGAGAGAAGUUUCAUGACAAAAUCAAAAGACUUCUCCUGGAUUAUGAUGUGGUCCUUGCCUUAAAAACUGAAAACUAGAAAUGUGUGAUUCUUUGAGUUCUGUACAUAAAUAUUAUGCACUUGAUCGAAACUCUGGUAUUCAACCAAAAAUUCCAUUUAUUGCUCAAAGGUUUAUACAUCCAUUAUUAUUUUUAUAGAAAAUAUGCUUGGACAAUCAAUACUUAUUUAAGACUGAACAUUGUAUUUGAAAGAUAAUUUUUUUAAUAUAAAGAUCCUCAUUGGAUCAUAAGACCUCACAAUUUUUCUACACUUAGUAGAAGGUGUAAAAUAAUUGUUGAACUUUAUCAUGUUGCUCAGCUAUAGAUUCAUAUCCAAAUUUGAUUGAUACUUGAUUUACAGUAAAAGAUGUUAUGACAGUUCAUUAAUGGAAAAUUUGUUGUAGAUUUUUUAUAUUGUAUAUCUUGUUCUUUUCAAAUAUGGAAGCUUUAGUGCUCUAUUAUGAUUUGGAAAAGAAUGUAUACAUCAAUAAGUAGUAUGUUACUUGAAUGAAUGAAAGCUGUCUUUAGUGUCCUUACUUAGUCAUAUUCACUAACUGUUUUAUCUCCUUUUGGAUGUGUGUAGAUAGAAACUCGUAGAUUAAUCUUUCAUUUCAAAAGAAAUGUUAUACACUACCAUAAAAUAUAAAACUAAAUAAAUUUUGCCUCUAUUGCCAUCAAAUAUCAAUCUCUGUCCUCCCUCCAUCUGUUUUUUCAUUUAACAACAUUUAGGAGUUAUAUAAUAUAGAACUUAAAGUAUUUAAUAGAAGAUAAUAAUUAGUACAUUCUUUUUUCAAUGUAUCACUCAUUGAGGACUACAUAUAUAAUUCUCAGACAAUCUAGGUACUAGAAUUGUACUCAUGUUGAAAAUCUAUACAGACUUUUUUCCCCCUAAACUUUGUAUUUAGCCUUGUUGACAUUUGAGAGAUGGACGGAAUGAUUAAGAUUAUUAAAGUGCCUUUUAUUUAAAGCAGUUGAGUAUCAUCCCUGGAGCUGGGAUUAAUUGAUUUUUAGAUAGCUCCUAGGAUGUGCCUCUGUUAUAAUAUUUAAUACUGGAAUUGGGCAUAUUUAAUCUUGCUGACUAAAAAUGUGUGUGCAAAUUAUAUCACCAAUCCAGAAAAAGUGAAUCAAAAUAUUUGAAGAAUAUUUAAAGAAAAUACAAUUAUAUAUGACAACUUGGGCAAAAUUUAUUAUGAACAUUAGAUACUAUGUAAAAUGCAUGUUGGACACAUUAAAAAUGGUCUGCACUGUC